UGGGGCUGGAUCCCAGGACCCUGGGAUCAUGACCUGAGCCGAAGGCAGAUGCCCAACUGGCUGAGGCACCCAGGUGCCCCUUCUAUCUAAUUUUUUAAUCAAGGAGCUCAAGCUCAGUCUCAGAGAGGAGAUGGGACUUAGCUCAGAGUCCCCCAGUUAAUAAGAGAUUCUCUUUCUUUUCUUCUUUGCAGAACUAUCUCUCACUAAGAGAUGGUCCUUGCCCUUAAGGUGCUUUCGUGUCAGGCUGUACUCUCCUGUCCUUUACUUAAGGCUGCUCGCUCUUGCAUAUAUCUUCGGGGAUGGGAAAUGGCCAGUCAGGCACAUCGUUGUAAUACUCUGAGCUCAGGAUAGGGACUCACCAAAGAGAUAGGCUGUUCUUUUCUUGCUUCUAGGCAGUGUCUUUGUAGUUCUUGUACACACUCCAAAGAAAAGCUUCUCCUUACAUGUUCCUCUCAACACUUCACUUCCUUAAGACCUUUUAAUGUUUAACCGGUAUUUACUGAGUACAUAGCAUAUGUCCAGCACUGUUCUAUGUGCGGGGGAUUCAUCAAUAAACAAAACAAAGUUCCUCCCUUGUAGAGCUCACAUUCUGGCAGGGGGCAGACCAUAAACAAAUUGAGGAAUAGAUAUAGAAGAGGUGGUGAUAGGUACUAUUAAAAAAAAAAAAAAAGGAAAUAGCAUUAGGAGGACAACGGUGGUUGGGAAGAGGAAUCUUCCUGCUCUUUGAGAACCUGUCUCGCUUCCUCAUUCUCAUGUCCUUUCUUGCUUGCCCUCCCCAGCUGGCCAGGUAUCUGUCCACAACUAGAAAAUGAGAUUUUUCAUUAACUUAGUGAAGAAAAUAUGACAGUCAGAUGACUGGAAAGGCAAAUAGUGCAGUAUGUAAACCAAACAAAAGGGGAACUUCUGAAAGCAAUGUUUUCCGUACAUUCUUAAUAGAACACCAAAACGCGUUUUGGUUUCUAUAAUGAGUUCCUUUUAUCAGAAAGCCAACUUUUAUGCUGCUUCUCGCUGGUGAUCUGUAUGCUCUUUACUCACCCAGUCCCUUCUGAGCCAUAUAAAAAGAUCCAAGAGAGCCUGGUUGAGGUUUUGCUCACAGGGAGGCACCGGUUAGGGACUCUGGAAAGGACGAGUCUUUGUUCCAGUUUACAAUGGAUUGGCUUCCGCUGUUCUUCCUCCAUCCUGUAUCACUUUAUCAAGGGGCGGCUUUCCCUUUUGCACUUUUGUUUAAUUAUCUCUGCAUUCUGGAUUCUUUUCCCACCCAUGCCAGGUACCUCUUUCUCCUGGCUGGAGGGGGCGCCCUGGCCUUGGCGGCCAUGGGUUCGUUGGCUGUGCUUGUCCUCAUCCCCGCUCUGUGGGCUGCGGUGCUGAUCUCCUGGCUUGGCCCACGGGAUGUGCACAGGUGGGCUUUCAUCUCCCAGAUGAGCUGGCAGACGCUCUGUCACCUGGGGCUGCACUACACCGAAUACUAUCUUCGAGAACGUCCUUCCACGAGGUUCUGCAUCACUCUUUCUUCCCUCAUGCUAUUGACCCAGAGGGUGACAUCCCUCUCUCUGGAUAUCCGUGAGGGAAAAGUGAAGGCAGCAUCAAGAGGCAUCAGGGAAAGAAGCUCGUUGUCUGAGCAUCUGUGUGAGACACUGCCCUACAUCAGCUACUUGCUCUUUUUCCCUGCUCUCCUAGGAGGCCCCCUGUGUUCCUUCCAGAAAUUCCAGGCUCGUGUUCAAGGGUCUGGCACUUUGAGUCCCAGGCGCUCCGUCUGGGCUCUGAGCCAGAGGGGUCUGCAGAUCCUGGGCCUCGAGUGCCUAAAGGUGGUCUUGGGGAAGGUGGUGAGAGCAGGAGCAGAUCUGGCUGACUGCCAGCAGCUCGAGUGUAUUCAAGUCAUGUGGUCCACAGCCGGGCUCUUCAAACUCACCUACUACUCUUGCUGGAUCCUGGAUGACGCCCUCCUCCACGCCGCGGGCUUUGGACCUGGGUUUGGUCACAGCCCCAGUGAGGAGGGCUACCUCCCCGAUGCGGACAUCUGGACACUGGAAACGACCCACAGGAUCUCCCUGUUCACGAGAAAGUGGAACCAAAGCACAGCGCGGUGGCUCCGACGCCUCGUGUUCCAGCAGGGCGGGGCCUGGCCGCUGCUGCAGACCUUUGCCUUCUCGGCCUGGUGGCAUGGGCUCCAUCCAGGACAGGUGUUCGGUUUCCUGUGCUGGGGUCUGAUGGUGGAGGCCGAUUACCUGAUUCACACUUCUGCCGGCUUGUUUAUCAGAUCCUGGCCGAUGCACCUGCUCUAUCGAGCGCUCACUUGGGCCCACACCCAGCUCAUCAUUGCUUAUAUAAUGCUGGCCGUGGAGGCCCGGAGCCUCUCCUCCCUCUGGCUGCUGUGUAAUUCCUACAACAGUGUCUUUCCCCUGGUGUACUGCAUUUUGCUUUUUCUAUUGGGAAAGAGAAAGAAGACAUUUAACUGAUAGCUUCUCUCCCGCCUUCAGCUUAUACAUCCACGAAACAGAGUUGAGAAAAUGCCAGAUGGUGUGUUGAUGAGACCUAGGCUUGAACUCUUCCAUACUAGGUUUUUGUUUUGUUUUGUUUUUCAAGUACUGGGUGUAUAUUCCUGGUGUCUGCCCGUAGAAAUUUGUGUACCUAUUUUCACAAGCUAUAGUACUGGUACUGAAGAUAAAAAAAAAAAAAAAAAAAAGACAUGGUUUCUUCCCUUAGGACUUAACAGUUUGGGCACGGAAGCAAGGAAAGGUGAUAGGUAAAAACAGAAGGUACUGCCAACCAAAAGGCAAGUGGUAAAUGCUGGACACCCAAACACUGAAUCUCCAACAGUUCCACUUGAUCCUGGAUGGCGAGUUUAGCCAGACAAAAACAACAGAAAUCUUAAUCAGGGGCAGCCGCCUGGCAGACUCACAGUAGAGGGUGUGACUCUUGAUCUGGGGAUCGUGAGUUCUAGUCCCAUGUGGGAUGUGGAGAUGACUUUUAAAAAGCUCUAAAUCAGAUUCUCGUAUUGGCUUGUUCCACGAACUAGAGACUCAUUCUCAUCUAGAGGUAAUUUGAAAAUUUUGGUCUCAAAAUGGAAAGGCUGCUAUGAUCUCCGAAUAUGUUAAUACACUGAAAAUCUGGCUGAGCCAUGAUAACCACUUACAUAACAGGCACAAAACUGACCUAUGAGAUAUGUCACAUGAAGAGGCCAAAAACAAGAAGUAAGCCCUAUUUUAGUACGAUGUUGAGGGUCUGGUUCCCUUUUCUUGGCAUAGCCUACAUAACUCUCUCUGUUUCUCCCUCUGGGAGGGCCCCGAGAGAAAGCUGUGAAGACUGCUGAGGGGUAGUGGAACUGUGUGAUCCCGUGGUCGCUGUCACAGCGCCUCUGCCUGCUGGCUGCCCGGCCGGUCACAUCAUUACAGUUUCUCUCUCUCUCUCUUUUAUUCUUAUUUUUAAAAAAGAUUUAUUUAUUUGUUUGACAGAGAGAGUGC